AUGACGAGUUCAUUUUUGGACUCGAUGAUCCCACGCGAACAUAUUAGCGACAUGAAUCAAUUCGAUUUCGUCUGCGAUAUCGUCGAGAAGAAGGAUCGAUACACGUUAUCGGGCGAACUCCCGGGUUGUAACGUGAAGAACGUGGACAUCAAGAUGGAUAAAGACAACAACUUGCACGUUUCGGCGCACAAGUCGACGAAACAUGAGGAGGAAGACCAGUCUAGAGAUGGGCGCAUGAAGUGGCACGCGAUCGAAAGGUCCUCGGGUAGAGUCGAACGCAUCUUUACUCUCCCGGAAGGCGCCGAUCCCGAGAAGGUCGAAGCGUCGAUGAAGGACGGGAUUUUGACUAUUGACGUGAAGAAGAAACCAGAAGCGAUCGGGGAACCGAAGGUGGAAGAAGAAGGGAUGAAAACUAUUCCGAUCAAAGCUCAGUGA